GCCAGAUGGAGAUCAGUUUUUUUCCACCAGCUCAGCAAAUAUUCUUAUCAGUCUGAACCAGACCUGGCUGAUCUAUAAUGCCUCACAGCUCUCACAUUUUGCAUCACAUCUCUUUCACCACAACCCUGACAAUGAAGUUCCAGCUGCUGCCAGGACUCCUCGUCCUCCUGAUUCCACUGUUGACGAGUGGCUUAGAACUCCCUGUGGACUGUGGUGAGAUCUAUAACAAUGACAACAACCGAACGAGUGGAGUGUACACCAUCUAUCCCAUCGGAUCCAAAAUGGAAAUGGAAAUGGAUGACAGAGAGAGAAGUGAAAGAACAGUGUACUGUGACAUGGACUCUCUGGGAGGACAUUGGACGGUGUUCCAGAGGAGGAUGGAUGGCUCGGUCAACUUCUACAGGCCCUGGGAUCACUACAAGCUGGGCUUUGGUAGCGGUGCUGGAGAAUACUGGCUCGGUCUCGAAAAUAUCUUCCAACUCACACUGAGGAAAAAGUAUGAGCUGUUGGUAGAUAUGGAGGAUUUCAGUGGAAACAAGGUGUACGCUCGUUACUCCUCGUUUUCCAUCGACCCAGAAUCCUACGGAUACACACUGAGAGUGUCUGGAUUCACAGAUGGAGGGGCAGGAGAUGGCCUGAGUGAACACAAUGGACAGAAGUUCUCCACUUUGGACAAAGAUCAGGACACCUGGCCUGGAAACUGUGCCAAAUCAUUUCUGGGGGCGUUCUGGUACAGUGCUUGUCACACUGCAAACCCCAAUGGAGUUUAUCGCUGGGGAGCAGACGGUACUCUGCUUGGUGUUGGAGUGGAGUGGAAACUCUGGAAGGGUCAUGACUACUCCCUGAAGUCCAUCAGCAUGAAGAUCCGUCCUGUGCAGUAAAUCUCCAGGAUAAACUUUAUUUCUUUUCUUCCCCUCAUUUAUUAUGUCAUUUCAUAUGUGUGAUUAGAAUGAGAUUAAAAUUAAACCUGAAACAAGGGACCUACCGUUUCUGGAAGACCCAGACUCAGGUUGAUUUUAAGUGUUAAUAAAACUCUAAUUAAUAAAAAUCAGUAGCUUGAG